AUGGAGCAGAGGCCAGGGAAGACAACCCACACCUGGAGGAACCUCUUUGGCCCUGUGGACCAUGAGCAGCUGCAUCAGGUCUUGCAGCACGUGCUACGCAACAGCGUGGAGGGGGCCCAGCAGAGGUGGAACUUUGAUUUCCUCCAGGACACGCCGGAGGAUGGGGUUCUGCAGUGGGAAGAACUUGAAGGCCACGAGGUGCCAGCCUUCUACCACAGCUGCGUGGUGGGAGAUGCUCGGAGUCCACUGCAGCGCUUGAACACACCCCUGGGCAGAGAGGACAAGACUCAUCAUUUUGUCCAGGUGGCACUAGCUGAGAAACCCCGAACUUCCAAGAAAACAGGGGGCAAGAGGAUCUCAGAAGGGAAGAAAAAAGACAGACAUCUUUGA